CCAGGCUGGGCAGGCCGGAGCCUCCGGCUGGGAGGCCGGCUGUGGACUCAGCACCGGGCUUCUGCACAAGGUCACAGAAGUCUGGCUAUGUUAACUCUUCCCUGGCUUCUGUUUGGACCCAACUCCAUUGCCAUCCAGGUGCUUAAUAAGCAUAUGCUUGUUGUCCUAUUGACAUUUGGGGAUGAACCUGAAACCCCAAGGGCCUUGGAGUGUUUAUUCUCUGUGCCUGUCCUGAUUCUCCCAAACCAGGAGCCCAGAGCACAGAGCCCAGCGUGGUUCUUGGCACAUAGUAGGCACUCAGAUACUGACUGCACUGACGUAUGACCCCAGGGAGCAAAACUGGUCUAGUAACACACUGCUGGCCUCUCUCUUAGACUUCCCUCCCGCUAAAAAGUGCCCAGAAGCUUCUCAGGAAGGGCUCGCCAGCCUGGAUGUACCAGGCACUCAGUGGGUGGCUCCAGCCCCUGCCUCCUGUCAUCAGCGUAAAUGCAUUCAUCUCUACAAUAUGACAAAUUUCAUAUCCUCCCAUUCUCUUUCUUGCAUUAUUGAUGGGCUGUACACUUUUCAAAAAUCAAUUAGAUCGGGGCGUGGAGCUGGAGUUAAAAGAAGCCUUUAAAAGUCUGCACCUCUUGUUUAUGCUGUUUUGAAUAGGAACAGAUAAAGCUUUCCCUCUGAUUUGAAUAAGUGAAGCCCAGGGCUGGGUUGGCUGUGAUUGGCCAGGACAAGGAAAAUGUGGUUAAGAUGCAAACACAAGCAAAUAUAAGACAGUGUCUGUGCAGCCAUUGCUAAGCCGACGCUGCAGGACCUGGAGCCUCCCACUUUGGGGUGGCUCUUCCAUCCCACCGCUGCUUCCUCACCAGCGCAGUGGGAAGACCAGUGGGAGAGGAGACAAGUUCCUGGAAGACAAGCACCAUGUCUCUGAGCAGCGCCUUCAGGGCUGUGGGCAACGACCCUGGGAUCAUCACCUGGAGAAUAGAGAAAAUGGAGCUGGCGCUGGUGCCCCUGAAUGCCCAUGGCAACUUCUAUGAGGGGGACUGCUACGUCAUCCUCUCGACCCGGAGAGUGGGCAGUCUCCUCUCCCAGGACAUCCACUUCUGGAUCGGGAAGGACUCCUCCCAGGAUGAGCAGAGCUGCGCGGCCAUCUAUACUACACAGCUGGAUGACUACCUGGGGGGCGGCCCCGUGCAGCACCGAGAGGUCCAGUACCAUGAGUCCGACACCUUCCGUGGCUACUUCAAGCAGGGCAUCAUCUACAAGAAGGGGGGUGUGGCCUCUGGGAUGAAGCACGUGGAGACCAACACCUACGACGUGAAGCGGCUGCUACACGUGAAGGGGAAGAGGCACAUUAGGGCCACCGAGGUGGAAAUGAGCUGGGACAGUUUUAACCGAGGUGAUGUCUUCUUGCUGGACCUUGGGAAGGUCAUCAUCCAGUGGAACGGCCCCGAGAGCAACAGUGGGGAGCGCCUGAAGGCUAUGCUCCUGGCAAAGGAUAUUCGGGACAGGGAGCGAGGGGGCCGUGCUGAAAUAGGAGUGAUCGAGGGAGACAAGGAGGCGGCAAGCCCGGAGCUGAUGAAGGUCCUUCAGGACACCCUCGGCCGACGCUCCGUUAUCAAGCCUGCGGUCCCCGAUGAGAUCAUAGAUCAGCAGCAGAAAUCAAAUAUCAUGUUGUAUCAUGUCUCAGACUCAGCUGGGCAGCUGGCAGUCACAGAGGUAGCCACGAGGCCUCUGGUCCAGGACUUACUGAACCAUGAUGACUGCUACAUCCUGGACCAAAGUGGAACCAAGAUCUACGUGUGGAAAGGAAGAGGAGCCACAAAGGUUGAGAAACAGACGGCCAUGUCUAAAGCCCUGAACUUCAUCAAGAUGAAGGGCUAUCCCAGCAGCACCAAUGUGGAGACCGUCAACGAUGGCGCCGAGUCAGCCAUGUUCAAGCAGCUGUUCCAGAAGUGGUCAGUGAAGGAACAGACCGUUGGCCUGGGGAAAACGUUCAGCGUUGGUAAAAUCGCUAAAGUUUUCCAGGAUAAAUUUGAUGUGACUUUGCUGCACGCCAAACCAGAGGUCGCUGCCCAGGAAAGAAUGGUGGACGAUGGCAACGGCAAAGUUGAGGUCUGGAGAAUUGAAAACCUGGAGCUGGUCCCCGUGGAGCAUCAGUGGUAUGGCUUCUUUUAUGGGGGAGACUGCUACCUGGUUCUCUAUACGUAUGAGGUGAGCGGGAAGCCACACUACAUCUUGUACAUCUGGCAGGGCCGCCACGCCUCACAGGAUGAGCUGGCAGCCUCGGCAUACCAGGCGGUGGAGCUGGACCAGCAGUUUGAUGGGGCCCCUGUGCAGGUCCGGGUUGCCAUGGGGAAGGAGCCCCGCCACUUCAUGGCCAUCUUCAAAGGGAAGCUGGUUAUCUUUGAGGGCGGGACUUCCAGGAAGGGAAAUGCCGAACCUGAUCCUCCAGUGAGGCUCUUCCAGAUUCAAGGAAAUGACAAAUCUAACGCCAAAGCAGUGGAGGUUCCAGCCUUCACCUCCUCCCUAAACUCCAAUGAUGUCUUUCUGCUGCGGACCCAGGCAGAGCACUACCUGUGGUUUGGCAAGGGGUCGAGUGGGGACGAGCGGGCGGUGGCGAAGGAGCUGGCUGGGCUUCUCUGUGACGGCACUGAGAACACUGUGGCCGAGGGCCAGGAGCCUGCUGAGUUCUGGGACCUGCUGGGAGGGAAAACUCCCUAUGCCAAUGACAAAAGACUACAGCAGGAAAUCCUAGAUGUCCAGUCCCGUCUCUUUGAAUGCUCCAAUAAGACUGGCCGGUUCAUUGUCACUGAGAUCACAGACUUCACCCAGGAUGACCUGAACCCCGGUGAUGUGAUGCUCCUGGAUACCUGGGACCAGGUGUUCUUGUGGAUUGGGGCUGAGGCCAACGCCACAGAGAAGGAGAGAGCCCUUGCCACAGCCCAGGAGUACCUGAGCACUCACCCCAGCGGCCGAGACGCCGACACGCCAAUCCUGAUCAUUAAACAGGGCUUCGAGCCUCCCAUCUUCACAGGCUGGUUCUUGGCCUGGGACUCUCACAUUUGGAGCGCAGGGAAAUCAUAUGAACAGUUAAAGGAAGAGCUGGGAGACGCCGCUGCCAUCACGAGAAUCACUGCUGACAUGAGGAACGCAACCUUCUCCCUGAAUUCUGAGCCAAAAUAUUACCCUAUAGAAGUUCUGUUGAAAAAUCAGAAUCAGGAGCUGCCUGAGGAUGUGAACCCUGCCAAAAAGGAGAAUUACCUCUCUGAACAGGACUUUGUUUCUGUGUUUGGCAUCACAAGAGGGCAAUUUGCUGCUCUGCCUGGCUGGAAACAGCUCCAAAUGAAGAAAGAAAAGGGGCUUUUCUAAGAUAAGAAAGCAUAUGCCUAUUGAAAGACCACAGGAGAGAGCAGAUAGUGCCAAUAUACAGAAAGAAUUUAUCUACCAGUUUUUGCCUAACAUCUAGCUACUUAAUUUAGAUACAGUAUGGUCUGCAAACCACAGCAUGUUCUCCAUUUUCUCAUCCCUGCCUUCCUUAGUUGUUAUACACCUAAAAUGUUAACCACCUACUUCUUGAUCUUUGAGGCCUUCUGGCUAAAGCCUCAGCAAAAAACACUAAAACUGCAUGAAUCUUGAGAAGUCAAAACUAAGAGAACAAAAAAAAGUUUAAAGUGUUUAAUAUUGGGGCAAAGACCUAAGUUGUUUUAGAUUUUAAGAUCGGUAUUCCCAAAACCUAUUUAACUCACACAUCAUUGAAGUUAUUCACAUAUGUACCCUAAAGUCAAAAUCCAAAUGCCCACAUCUGUAUGUGCCAGAGGUUUUUAACUUUUCAAAUACAGAUACCUGUAUGAGCAAA